AGACGUUUCCAUUGGCUAUGUUUAGCAGAAUAGAUUGCACCUCUCGUCAGUGUAAACAACAGUCAUGGGCUCGUCGUCUGGAUAAUUUGGAAUUUUGCUGCCAAAUUCUUUGCUUUGUUGAGAGGUCCGAGCGCGGUCUUCUAAGGUCAAGUGAUGCCGUUGGCGACGGAUGUAAAGGCCAACGGUCGGUCCCUGCUCACCGACGACGCUUUGUAGGCUUCAGAAACGCCCAAAUUCGUGACUCAGAGUCGUAGCUGGGCAACGCAAGCGCCAUGUCCGCAUCGUGCGGCACCGGAGGCGACGUCGCUGACGGUAUAGCCAUGUCCGCGGAUGCCUCCAGCCUCAAGCUAGACCCCGGCGCUGACUCCGCCCCGGGCACUCCGUCGGGCCGGCGUUCGAGCUCCCCGGAAGAGAGCUGCGCCAUCUGCCUGGGCAAGCCAGAGAACAAGUCGUUCACGGACUCGUGUUUCCACACCUUCUGUUUCUCGUGCCUCCUCGAGUGGUCCAAGGUGAAGGCGGAGUGCCCGCUCUGCAAGCAGCGCUUCAAGAGCAUCGUUCACAAUGUGCGCUCAUUCGACGACUACGACCAGUAUUUCGUCAGCAGCAACAAUGGCAGUGGCAACAAUGGUAAUCGUGGUGCCGCUUCCGCGGCCGCGGCCGCCGCCGCCGCCUCGUGGAGCGCAACUUUCAACGCCUUCCUCGUGGCCUCUCGCUACGCCUACAUGCCAAUGAUGACGAGGGGCCGACGCCAGCAGCGGCCCCCGCACCUUCUCGGCUGUCCGCUGGCACUAACCAGUCGCCGUGCCGUCCGCCAGCGUCGCACGGCGCCCCGCACAGUCCCGCUGCUGACGUCGAGCACCGAGCGCCGCAGCCUCUACGACCUGAACCUGUGGGUGCGCCUCGGCCGGCGGCGCAGUGGUGCCCAGGUCCAUCCGUCGCACUACCGGGACAACCACGCACGCACGCACCGCCUGAUCCCGUGGCUGAACCGGGAGCUGAUUGCUCUGCUCGGCGGCGGCAACGGUGCUGAGAGCCAGGUGGCGUUCGUCAUGGAGCUGGUGCUGGCGCUGGUCACGCGCUACCCGGUGUGCAGCCCCGAGUUCGUGGAGCAUGUGCGGCCGUUCUUCGGCCAGAACACGCCGCACUUCGUGCACGAGUUUCACGCGUUUGCGGCGUCGCCGCACGACAUGGUGACAUAUGACCGGUGUGCCACCUAUGAGCCGAUGGCGGCGGCAGUGCAGCGCCGGUCUCCCGCGGCGCCGUUCCUUCGGCAGUUUGCCGAGGCAGACGGAGGGGCAGAAUCGGCGGUGGACCCCGGCCAACCGGGGCCCAGCGGGCUGCAGCGCAGACCAGUCGUGCAGGUGUUAGAGAGCGAGUCGGACGAUUCGGACUGCAUGGUCGUCGACGUGGUGCGUCCGCGGGAGCCCGUCGUGAUCGAGCUGUCGUCGGGCGAUGAGGGCGAGAGGACUGCUGUCGUUGCGCCGUCCAACGAAUCGCCAAUCGCCCCCGCAGCACCGCCAGCGGCACCGCGCCGGAAGAGGCUUCCCCAAAAGAGGAGGAGGUCCUGGCAACGAGUCUGCAUGAGCGACUCGGACAGUUCGUCGGAGGACGAGACGACUGUUCGGGUGACGCAAGUGCCGUCCGGGGGGAUGCUGACAGUGAGCUUUCGGAGUUUCGUGGGGGGCCUCUUUGGCCGGGACAGUUCUGGCGGCCGCGGCGGAGCGGAGGCCGAGGAGCCGUGCUCGUCUCGGCAGGCGAUCGAGCGGGCGGCCAGGAACAAGCGGGCACACCAGCGAAGGCUCAGGCAGAGGGAGUCGUCAGACGAGGAGUGAACGACCUCCCGACAUCCGCGCCUCCGCUGAAACACUGCGCUGAGACGAGCAUUUUUUUUUUUUUUCGUUUCCACGGUAGCAUUCUUGGGGUUAGACUCUGAAACAUCCCCACGCGUGCGCCUUUCCACAGGCACACGCCGAGAGCCACGCCGCGUUUCAUCAGACGGUGGGCAGCAGUUAGUGCUACGAGCUGUCCCAACCAAUCCAGCGCUGCGAUAGUGUCGCACGACUCUGGGCCCCGUGUGUCACAGUGCACCUCCCGAAGGUCGCAUGACACUCUCGCGGCGUUGGAUUGGCUUUGACUGCUCAUGGCGUCAGCUGCUAUCCAUCGUUCGGUGAAGAGGAGUAUGAUUGCUGUGGUGAAAGACUGCCAACGGUGACGUGCACAUUUUUUUUUUAACCCAACAUGCGGAGUUGGCAUUUGUUGUCCCUUUUGUAUUUAGGGAGUGCCUGGUCUCUGGCCGAACCUCUUGGGAUGCAUCUUAGCAAUUGGUUGUUGCCUCGUUUGCGAAGAAAGCUAAUGCGCACAGAUGUAUCGAGAGUUCACCUAGCUGUAAAUACGGGUGCAAACUUUGAAGGGGGUCGGGUCCUGCUGCAUACUCCCGACAGGACUUUCGUCUCCUCACAUUUUUAGGAUUGGCCCCGCCAAAAUGGACUGUUGCCAUUUCGUUACGAAUGUGACGGGAGUUUUGCAGGUUACGACUUAAUUAUCUGGUAAUAAACGCUUCCAGUGCGGUAUUGAAGCAAAGCUGAGGCUUUCCAUGUCGAGCAUUUGGAAGACGUUUGCAUUGUGUUACCUCCGUCGGCUGAAUUGCUCAUCUCUAGUUUAAGCAGAAGAGUUGUGGGCAAAGGGGGAGGCGGUCCCUUCGUUUGAGAAUGCAACACACUAACACUUUUGUCGGACUUUGUGGGAUUCAACAAAUUUAGCUUUUCGUUUUGUGCGGACCAGAGCAAAUCACUGAUGCUCACACUUCAUAGUUCUUAAUUCGGUGGAUGCAAGGACAUGAGAAUAUAUCCUGUUUAAUACAC